AUGCAGUACUCCUUCCUGGCUCUUCUUGCUCUCGUCGCUGUCGUCUUCACUGGAUCCAAUGUUCCGAUGUUCCUGAGAGACCAGCCGAGAAGUGUCCAACAAUCGUUCAUGACUAUCGCUAAAAAUUCGCAGCUGACCAUGCAGCAGAAGGGCCAACAGUUUCAGCAAUGGGCUCAGACCAACAAUCUCACCGUAAGAACUCUCCGAAAACACAACGGAAGAUCCCAAUUUCAGACCCAAUACAAUGAUUUCAUCCAGCAGUAUAUGCAGAUGAAUCAGCAGGCCAGCCAGAACACGACGCGCAUCAUCGGCCAGCUCUCAUCCGUCCAAACCCAACUGGAGACCAUCCUCAACAACACCUCCCAGACUGAAGCGCAGAAGAAGCAGGCCAUCAUGACUCUUCAGAACCAAUACCCGCAGGCAGUUCCGACCGUUCUCUUCAUCAGAAAGAUGUCAAUGAUGGGCAUGAUGGACAAAAACAUGAACAAAAUGGGCAUGAACAUGGACAUGGACAUGGACAGCUGGGAAAACUGA